AUGGCCCACACCUCAGCCGCCUGGAACGAGGAGUUCGAGGUGCAGAAGCGGAUGCAGGAGGACCGCAUGAACUUUGCCAACAGUAUGACGUGUCAUGAGCGAUGUGUCUCACACUAUUGGUUGAACAACUUCUACGCGGGGGAGUAUCGGUGCAUGAAGAAUUGUCUGGAGAAGCUCAACCAGGUGGGCGUCAUCACUAACAUCAACUUGACCAAGUACGAGCAAGAAAAGGCCACACAAAAGCGCAAGUGA